UGUGCCAAUCAUUUCAGCAACUCAAAACUACUGAGAGAUCCCACACUUAGAGAGAAAAUGAAUGGUGUCCAAAAGAUGACAUUUAACAUUGAGGAGCUUAACUAUGACUAUAAUUACAGCGAAAAUUACAGCUACGUCUCGAAUGGUGAAGGAGCUGUGUGUGGUCAGGAGUCUAGCAUGUACUUUGAUUCCAUUUUUAUUCCGGUCCUUUACUCUCUGGCUCUAGUAGUAGGGCUGGUGGGAAAUGGACUGGUUCUGGCUGUACUGUGGAAAAAGAAAAAGAGCUUGAAUGUUACCGACAUCUUCAUCCUCCAUCUGAGUUUAGCAGACAUUCUGCUGCUGCUAACGUUGCCCUUCUGGGCUGUAGAGGCAGUUCAGGGGUGGAUCUUUGGCACAGUGAUCUGCAAGCUUACUGGAGCUCUGUUCAAGAUCAAUUUCUACUGUGGUAUUUUCAUGCUUUCCUGCAUCAGUCUUGACCGCUACCUGUCCAUCGUCCAUGCAAUGCAGAUGUAUUCUCGUAAAAAGCCAGUGGCGACUCACUGUUGCUGCCUGAUGGUCUGGUUCUUCUGCCUUCUGCUCUCCAUUCCUGACUGGAUAUUCCUUGUUGCCACUGAGGACUCCAGACGUCAGGAUAAAACAGAAUGUGUUUCGUUUUUCCCCUCUGAUUCUUGGCAUCUGGCCACUCGUCUGCUCUACCAUUUUUUGGGUUUCAUUCUUCCAGCACUAAUGAUCCUGUUCUGUUAUUAUCACAUCCUGCAGCGGCUGCAGCAUGGCUCCCAGUGCAAGCAGAAGAAGAGAGCCAUCCGUGUCAUUGUAACCCUGGUACUGGCCUUCUUCAUCAGCUGGACGCCAUACAACAUCACUCUCAUUGUUGACACCAUACAAACCAAUAAGACCAUCAGUCUCAGUACACAAAUAUCCUGUGAAAGUGCCACAGCAUUAGAUGUAGCUCUCACAGCUACCGCCACAUUGGGCUACUUACACUGCUGUGUCAAUCCAGUGCUUUAUGCUUUCGUUGGGGUGAAAUUUCGCCAACACCUGCUAGACAUGCUGAAACCGUUGGGCUUCGCGCUGAUGGGACCAGCGGUUCCGGUGUCACGGAAGAGUUCUUUAUGGACAGAGUCAGUGGACACCUCACACACAUCUGCUUUCUGAUAUAUCAUAUGCCAUCAAACUCAUAUGGGUAUAUCUACAAUCAGUCAGCAUGUCAUAUUUUUAUCAUGCAAACUUUAGCAUCUGUACACAAGCGUUGCCAUUGACACCAAGGACGAUAAAUAUAACAAUAACUAGUCUUAGUCUUUAUAAUCAUUAUAAUUGUAUGAGAAAAUGGAAGUCCACACCACAACUAUAACAAUAACAUUAUAUAGAGGAUCAAUUUCGUUUGAAUCACUGGAAGGCUUUUCCAAAUGAUGAACGUGAAAAAACAUUGAUAACCAAUCAGAAUUCAAGGAACUUCAAAGAGCUCAAGCUUUUAAAGCUGCAGGUGACAAAAGUUUGGUGUAUGUUUAUCAUAAACAAAGUUUAUCGUAUGUUGGUGUGGACACUACUAUUUAUCUAUAAAGUUAUAUUUAUAGUUAUCGUUCUUGGGGUGAACAGGUCUUAAGUCUAUUGAAAGUGCUUUUUAGCUUGCAGGCUGCAUGAUAAACAUGAAUAUAUUCAUGAAUAUAUAAACAUGAGCAGGCUUUUACUUUUAGGAUAUUUCUCUUUGCACGUGGCAGCUAUCAUUACAGCUCAUAUAAAACAUAUAAGACAUAUACAAGUUUCUAUUUUAGUCAAAAAAAAAAUAAUAAUUUUGUUUUACUAUUUUA